UCCCACAUUGGCCUUAGGCUAUAAAUGUGGAGAGUAAACACUACUAUCAAAGGCAAAGCUAAGAGAGGCAUUAUGAAGGGUCAUCAAGAACCUCGUUCAAGCUCUUCUUGUGCAGCCUGCAAGUUCUUGAAGAGAAGAUGCACCCCAAAUUGUCAAUUCGCCCCGUAUUUUCGCUCCGAUGAGCCGAAAAAGUUUGCAAAAGUCCACAAGGUAUUCGGAGCCAGCAACGUAAGCAAGAUCCUGAACGAGGUGGCCGAGGAGCAACGGGAGGAGACAGUGAAUUCCCUUGUUUAUGAGGCCGAGGUGAGACUCCAGGACCCCGUUUACGGCUGCAUUGGGGCGAUAGCCUCAUUGCAGCACAAGAUGGUGGAGCUACAGCAUGAUCUGAUCCUUGCACGAGCACGUCUUGCUUGUUAUGUUGAUCAGCAACAGCGGCACUCUGACUCGUUUUUCGAUAUUGAUCAUGUUAAUAUGGCUCCUCUUGUAGACAUCCAAGAGCCUAGUGCUGGCGUUGUCGAUGCUUUCGACUACAAUGCUUUGCCGUUUGAUCAAUUUAGUCCAUUCCAGUUUCCAUAAUAAAGGGACUCUGUGCCUUUAAUUCUCUUCCCUCCUCUCUCUCUCUCUAUAUAUACAUAUAUAGAUAUAUAUAUUUUAUAGAUCUGCUUUUGUUUGUGCAUAAGGGAUUUCUCACUUGGAAUUUGGAAAUAAAGGAAGGUAAUCAAUGAAGCUCACUUGUUGA